CACGCGCCAAGCGCCGAACCGUAAACUUUUCUGUCUUCCUGCAGGACAAAAACAAACAACACCGACAGACGGACCGUUCAUAUGUAUACAUGGCAGUCCAAGGGUAUGGACACCCAGAUAUCCACGGGUACACCGGCGAAUACUGACAAUGCAUUAGGCCGUCCCAUCUGAUGUCAAUCUCCUAUCAUCCAACAUCCCCUUACCCCCGUUAAGCGUUAACGUGCUACGUUUCUCAUUGUAACGACCGCAUAUUCUACCAUUCAACGAACGCAACUUCAUCAAAUCUAGUCUUCAGCCUUAUUCAAAAGUGCUGCCUUCCCAUGAGUGGCACACGCCAUUCGCCGCACCCACCUCACCGGUCUCGAGGCCGCCACCAUAGCGAUGACCUUCAAUACGAUUAUACCUACGGCCGCGACGAUUCCGAUGGCUAUGACCGUGCGUAUAGAAAACGACGGGAAAGCAGAGCAGGAGAAAGCAAAACGAGAAGAAGUGGGUAUCGGGGUGUCCACGCCGAGGAUGAAGGUGUACAUACACCAGAUGAAGAUGAUGUAUUUGACGAUAGGAGACAUAGGAGUAGGAAGAGAGAACAACGGCCGUCGAGAGAUAGACAGCACAGAGAUCGAGUGCGAACGCGCGAUGAACGUGUUGCGUGGGAUAGUGCGACUGAAAGUGAGGACAUAGUUGACUCAAGGCCGAUUUUUGCGCGGCCGCCGAACGCAAACCACUCUCCUCGCACUGACAGGCGCGAAAGAGAUCGGGACCGAGAAAGGCAUUCACAUUAUCCUAGUCCCAGAGCCGGGCAUAAAGCGAAAGAGUCACCCGCCACUUCUCCUAAGAAACGGGAUCGUGAACGGGAUCGGGAAGGACAUAAUAGACAUCGGCCUAGAAGGGAUAGCACCGCUGACGAAGGUGGUGAUAGAAGAUUAAGAGACCGAAGGAGAAGGGAUUAUGAUACAGACCAGGAGCGUAAACAUAAUGAAACAGACACGAGACGGCAUGGACGACGGGAGAAGCAUACCAGCAACGACUCUGCGAAUAGUGCGACUGUGCUACUUAGCUCUGAUGCGCUGGCGCAGCUCGACCAGUUAAACCGCAAAGCAGACGAGGACAUGAAAAAGAAGGCUCGAAAGGAGGAAAUCAAGCAGCAAAAGAAAGAGAAGAAGAAGAAAAAGAAGAAAUACAUUUUUGAAAGCGGGUUUGCCGGGGACAGCGAGAGGGAGAGGGAGAAAGGCUGGGAAAGCUCAGGAGACAUACAAAGAAAGAAAAGGAGGGAGAAAGACAGAGAAAAGGAAAAGAAAAGGCUUGUUUCUGGCGCUUAUUUGGAAGAAGGGAGAAGUCCUGAAUUAAGAACCAGAGGUGGUGGAAGACGCCGCACUGAGAAGUAUCAUGGCGGAGGCGGAGGUGGAAGAGGAGGAGAUGACUACUACUUCAGUGAUGGCUACGAUUAUGAAGAAGAGGGCAGUGCUGGCAACGGUUGUUUUCAGAACUGGUCCAAAAGGAAAAAGAUCAUCGUUGUGGUCGGAGUGUGUCUUCUUCUGCUUGCGAUUAUCAUUGCCGUCGCCCUUGUAGUGUCGAAGAAGAACGCCGGCGGCGGAAAGCACCCUGAUGGCCCUGUAACUACUGGUCCAUCUCACAGUGAGCUUGAUGGGAUAAGUCCUGAUUCUAUACCGGUAUGUGUUUAACCUUUCCCUCUAUUCAAAAAUAUUACUAAUACGUGUUAUAGCCUGAUGCCAAAGGGACCCAUCUAGAUCCGUUUUCAUGGUAUGACACGGCCGAUUUCAAUGUCACAUAUACUGAUGAAACCGUUGGCGGUUUACCUAUCAUGGGCCUAAAUACAACAUGGGACGACUCUGCCCAAGCAAAUGAGAAGGUUCCAGCCUUGGAUAAACCGUUUCCUUACGGUAAGCAGCCUAUACGAGGUGUGAAUCUCGGUGGCUGGCUUUCUAUGGAACCAUUCAUUACCCCGUCUUUUUUCCAGCGAUACUCUGCACGAGAUAACGUUGUGGACGAAUAUACCCUUACUAAACGCCUGGGGAAUGCGGGAAAACCAACGUUAGAAAAACACUACGCUACAUUCGUAAAUGAGCAGUCGUUCAAAGAGAUUCGUGAUGCUGGAUUUGAUCAUGUUCGAAUACCGUACGGAUACUGGGUAGUGACAACCUACGAUGGUGACCCUUACUUCGCUAAGAUGGGCUGGCGAUAUCUCUUGCGAGCCAUUGAGUAUUGCAGGAAAUUCGGCUUACGCGUGAACCUGGACCUACACGGUGUUCCAGGGAGCCAGAAUGGAUGGAACCACUCAGGCCGUCAGGGCGAGAUAAAGUGGCUCAAUGGUGAUGAUGGCGCUAAAUGGGGCCAAAGAGCACUCGACCUACACGACCAACUAUCUAAAUUCUUUGCUCAGCCUCGGUAUAAGAAUGUCAUUGCUCUAUAUGGUCUCGCAAACGAACCGAUGAUGUUGAAGUUGGACAUCGAGCCUGUUUUGGAUUGGACCACCAAAGCCGCUAAUAUUGUCGGCGGGAAUGGAAUGAAGCAGAAAAUUGUUUUUGGAGAUGGCUUCUUGAAGUUAUCGAAAUGGUCGAGUAUAUUGCAAAACACUGGUCAUGACUUGAUUAUAGAUACACACCAGUACACCAUCUUCAACGCCGACCUGAUCAAACUGACUCACAAGAAGAAGCUUGAAUUUGUUUGCGAUAGCUGGGUUGAUUUAAUCACAAAGAGCAGUACAAAAGGGAGUGGGUAAGUAAUAUAUAUAAUGCCCAACUUCUGACUUUUUCACACAAUCUCUGACACGUUAUAGCUACGGUCCGACUAUCUGCGGUGAAUGGUCCCAGGCCGACACGGACUGUACAAUCUACAUCAACAGUGUUGGGGUCGGAUCUCGCUGGACAGGCACAAUGGACAAAAACCCCAUCGGCGGAAAUCCUGUCCUCACACCAUCUUGUCCCAGUGGCAAACAAUGUUCCUGUGAUGCGGCAAAUGCAGACCCAUCACAAUACUCAGAUUCUUACAAGAAAUGGCUCAGGCUAUAUGCUGAAGCUCAGAUAUCCGCCUUUGAAAAAGGCUGGGGCUGGUUUUACUGGACUUGGGACAGCGAGUCUGCUGCCCAGUGGAGUUGGAAGAAGGGAAUGGCAGCAGGUAUAUUACCUGCCAAAGCAUAUGAACCGGAGUUCAAAUGUGGUGACGAUAUUCCUGAUUUCGGUGAUUUGGCGGAGAAUUAUUAGUUUAUUUUUGGAUAUAUCAACUAAUAUGUUUGGAUUUUGGAUAUUUGGUGGUUUAAUUGCUGGAGCAAAGGGGCAUGCAUGCAUAUGUGUAUCAUUUACGCUAUUUUUAUCCCUCUUGUGUUUUUGCAUUGGAUGUAUAUAUGACGUUUGGACGGUUGGGGCCAUGAUUACCUAUGGACUAUGUCUAAUGCCAAUAUUCUUUAACACCUUCGUUCACCUAUGAUUGACGACCGAGUAUCAUGGUGAAAUGAAGGCCAUGCAUAAAGAACGAGACUCAAGUAAGCAAAAAUAGAACAAGCCCUUCGGCCGCUUAACAACAAGCCAACUAGUCACUUUCUCAAACGGAGACAAAGACUAUUCACUGACUGGCUAACUACAAGAGUUGGUCAAACGAGAAGAGUUUCACAAUCGUCGAUAGCAUUCUCUCUGCUGUCGCGCACCCUUCAAGUCUCGACAUGGAAUCGACAAGGAAUAAGACACCCGAGAUCGCGGUAGCUUCUUUAGUUACCCAACUCUUGGUACAUUCAUGCGCAAAAUCAACAAUCAUGGCCGAAAAUCCAUGAAUACCUCAUGGAAUGUCCAAUCCUGUGCCUGACGGCGUAGGCGGCCUGCAAAAUACUCGACAUGGCCACCCCAGCCGUCCUCGCGCAAACCAGGAUUUACAUGGCCUCCCUUGGUCAACACUCUUUCUGCCGCCCUUGCAUUGACUGGAUGGAGCCUACCUUGACAUCACACUUGGCGUAAGCCUAUCAAGUGUGAUCAAGCUGUGAUAUGUUGGAUGAAGGCUAUGGAAACUCUCGUCCCAGCGCUAUGAUUGGCUGCAAGUACUGAUGCUUGAUGUUCCUGGGCGCUUAACAGCAGUUCUAAAUUGGGAACCGGGCCGUCCGCUGCAUCUAUUCGAUAGCAGCACUGG